CGACUCGAUUUGUAGUAGUCACAUACUGCAUCGGUUGAAGUGAAGUUUUCGUCUGUUCCACGCGGAAAGGUACGUAGGUAAAGCAAAAAAAUAUCGUGGUUUUCGUGAUCUUUAUUAAUGUGCAUCAAAUACUAGCUCGUCGGAUCAUGAACCACUGAACACAUCCUCGACGAGACUUUGUGGAUUCGUCGGCAAUCCAAUAAACAAUCCGCUAUUGAACAAAAGAACAUGGCAAACUUAAUUUGGACUUGCGCAGCGGCCGUCGUCAUCGGAACGCUCUCGGGCGCUGAAGCUUUCGCUCCGUCCUCGCCUCUAACUAGAAGCGCAAAWGGCUAUGUUGCUUCGUUGAAUAUGGUCCCAUUUGAUGUGAAUUCGGCGAUUGACGUAACAUCACUGAUGUCUUCCAAUAUGAUGGCAGAUGCUGGCACUAGUGUAAAUGCCGCGAUUGAGAGCAACAGUCUUCUCACAUCCUUCACRGAUCAAGGGCAAAAUCUGGCUGGUAUCUUUUUCCAACAAUCACUCUUGCCAUACCUGCUUUUCCUUUAUUUUCUGUCCUUCCGGGCGAAUAAGAUUCCUGCCAUUUCAAACUUUGGGUUUCAGUUCAUUUUGCUCUUUGUGUUGUCAACGAUUCCUGCUGGAAUUGUCUCCAAGAGUGUCUAUGAGACUUCUUUGGCGAACGUCGAUUGGCUUCACGGUUGGGCAGAACUAUUGUUGACCGUCUCCAACCUGUUGAUGGUUUGGGGCUUGAAAGAGGCAUCGACCAGUCCCAACCAAACACCUGCUGGAACUCCUCGUUUGGUAGCACUGGGUMUUUUUGGACUAUUUGCCGCUGGCUGCGCCCUUGGACCAGGAWYWAUUGGUUGGGAAGCGCACACCGGRUUUWUGGCUGGAAUCGGAAACUUGGACACGGCGACCGUGCAAUCCUUGCCAUGGGUAACACACUCGGAACCAAUCAAUGCUUUGACGAUUCCRACGUGGGCUAUCCAUUUUAGCUCRGUUAUUGAAUAUCUCGUCGCCAUGAAUCUUGUCUGGAAAUAUGCCGAGGUGACAGGCAACGAAAAAUGGAAGGGCAUGACCUGGGGAAUGCUUCCUCUUCACGCUUCUGGCGUUUGUGCCUGCACGUAUCACUUCUUUUACAAUCCGUCAAGUCUCCAAUUUCUUGUGGAUAUGCAGGCUGGCUUCACCCUMUUGGGAAAUAUCACCUGCGCGAUCGCUGCCUUCCGCAUCGCUCUUUCCAACGGAUGGACCCUCGGCGAGGUCAAUCCAUUCCGAAAGGAAGACGACCCAGCAAUUCUUGCGGUCGAUAGUAUCGCGGGGGAGGCACUGGUGCUUCGGGAACCAGUUGAGUCCAAUGCUGUACUAGGUGCAAAGUUAUUGGUCUCGACCUUGUUCUUGAGUUACGCUGUCAAAUACGGAUCRUUGGGUUUGGAUUUACCAUUUAGCGAGAACGGAGYUGUUGGACUAGCAAUGGUCCUCGGUAUCCCCGGUAUCACUGCUUUUUCAUAUUACCAGCGGGGAAAUACUGCUGCAGAAGAUGGAGAAUCGAAACCAUUCUCAUUUCAACUAGGCGAUACUAGCUUGUCGAUGUCGGACGUGAAAAAAUAUGGUGCCGCGGGAACCGUUGCCUACGUUUUGACCGAGCUCGCUUUUUGGGUUGUGGCCUUUCCYGUUGCUGCAACCGCACUAUAUCAAUCKACUGGACAUUGGCCGGAUGUUAUCAACGAGACAGGAGAUCGUGCCGCCGUCUUGGGAUUCAUCUUUGCUGGUGCCAAURUUGCUCGACUUUUUGUUCCAGUUCGUUUAGGUGCUGCUAUCGCUCUGGCUCCGUGGGUGGAUGAAAAUAUUCUGAACAGAGAUGGUGCCAUCGACGCAGAUGCAGAGGAAGUAUAAUGAGGGAAUUUAUUUGGUYAUAUGGCAAGCCAAGAGUUUUCGCUUCACUGCAAUGUUUGAGUCAACAAAUCCAAAUAACCUUUUUCAAUCAUGGCAUGCCUGGAACAAAUCACUGUCRACUCACUUAUGUACAGGGAUAAAAAAAUGAAAAAUUGUUUUUAUCUAGUUAUAGCAAACAUAACUCUGACCCUGUAAACCAUUUUUUGUGCUGUUUCACUUGAGUCAUGCCUGUCGCAUACWAAGUAUUUCCUCCUUUCCUAAAUGAGUGCCCCUUCUGCACCUCUAGCACUGAAAUAAGAGAGCGAUUCAGCUGCUUCUUUUUGCACUWRACAGAUCCAUCAUAGUGUGUUGUAUUUGUUUUGUUAACUAUUAAGGUAAUAAUGAACAAGAUAGAGCUAUUAAAACAAGGCCUGUUUU